AUGAGACCAGAGAAAAAUCUGCCAAAGCAAUGGGAAUUCUGUUAGUGACUAUAUAAACUAUAACGCUCUCAAAGAGUCUGAAAUUAAUUCUUAAAGCUAAGGAGAAGUAUAUUAUUUUAUUACUUCAUUCAUCCCGUUUUCCAUAGCCGCCUGGUAGUGAAGCGGAUACAUGGGCACAGCUGAACAUAUUUGUUAGCCAUAUAUUAGCCACCAGCUAACAUUAGCUUCUGUAGGGCUAGCAAGUCUUACUCUCCACACACGACCUAGCGCUAGCAACGAGGGUAGCAUCAGGGAGUGUAAAACGUUAACGUCAGCUACAGAGUAGCGACAGAAAAACUAAAAUCCACACAGGUGCAGGUGGCGGAGUGUCCUCUGGGAAAGGCAAAUUCACAAUGUUGAAUCCGACUAAUGGUGACCCAGGCCACGUCGUCGUGAAUUAUGUUGAGGAGUAUUUGGACCUGGUCGAAUCACUUCCUUUCGACUUGCAGAGGAGUGUCUCUCUCAUGAAGGAAAUUGAUGCCAAGUAUCAAGAUGUUCUGAAGGAGCUUGAUGAUGCUUAUGAAAAGUAUCGCCAGGAAUCUGACUCACUUCAGAGGCGCAAGCUUCAGUUAUCGAUUCAGAGGGCGCUGAUCCGCAGUCAAGAGCUCGGAGAUGAAAAGAUCCAGAUUGCCGGUCAAAUGGUGGAGUUGGUUGAGAACCGAACACGACAAAUAGACUGGCAUUCUGAACGUCUCCUUUCCUCGCAAGAAGUCCCAGAGAGCCACGUUUCCACUGCAACAUCCAUGACAACGACUGCAUCAUCCAUGAUGUCCUCGUCCUCAGCCCCCCUCACUCCAGGCAAAACUGGCCACCAUGACAAGAAGCGUGAUGAGGUCACCCCGGGCUCAGGUGGCGCAGACAAGGCUGGAGGGAAACGCUCGAGACGUCAGAAAAAUGGAGAAAAUCGGGAAAGUUACGGGGGUCUGGAUCACGCUGAGGAAGUGGGAGUGGGGGCAUCCCGGGAAAAACGUGCCAAAACAUCCUCUAAGAAGAAGAAACGGUCAAAAGGAAAGUCUGAGAGAGAAGUGUCACCUCCAGACUUGCCCAUUGAUCCCGAUGAGCCAACAUACUGCCUGUGUGAGCAGGUGUCCUACGGCGAGAUGAUUGGCUGUGAUAACGAUGAAUGUCCCAUCGAGUGGUUUCAUUUCUCCUGUGUUGGGCUCCAUCAUAAGCCCAAAGGAAAGUGGUACUGCCCCAAGUGUAGAGGUGAGAAUGAGAAGACCAUGGACAAGGCUUUAGAAAGGGCCAAAAAGGAGAGGGCAUACAACAGGUAGCUCGCUCUACCUGGCCCAGUGAACACUACUGCAUAAAAAUUUACUUUUAUGUCGUCUUUGUUUCCAUUUACCCGAUAACACUGUUUAAAAAGAGUAAGGAAUUGACAAGAUUGAUCUUGUACAUAGUUAUUUUUGUAACCGCUGCAUAGCUGAGGAACAAGAUUGCUCCCUCUCAGUUGGGAUCAUUUGUAAAGGACUGACACAGUACAGUACAACCUGCAUGUUUGUAACCAUCUGUCCUGCACUUGCAUCCACCUUGUUUUCAUCAUGCAUGCAGCAUCACCCACUCCAUUAUAUAUGCUCAAUUGAUAAAUAAAACAUUUCUCGACAAAGAAGAAUUUUAUGAUUUUUAACAUCUCAGAAAGUGAAGAAUCCCCAGAAUCUUAUAAAUGUGAUGCGAUAAUGCAGUGUACCAUCACACUCUACUUCCUAUUAUAUAUCCCAGUAUAGGGAGAUAUACUGUUCAGUGUUUACAGCAACAGUUCACAGUUGCUAUAAACACUGCUCGUGAUACUGGCUGCAAAGAGAUCUCCACCUGAAGUGAUUUCAUUGUAAGUGAUGGACAAAACACAAAGUCCUCGUUCUGAGAUCUGACUUCUAAAGUUCAGCAAAAGCUAAUAUGAGGUUUCAGCAGUUUACAUGGUUUAGCAGGUCUUCAAAAGUUUUACAAAGAACUGAAUUCAGUUCCUGAAAAAAGUCAAAGUUGGUGAACCCUCCUUAAACCCUGAAUUAAGUAAUGACCUACUAAAUAGUAUUUAUGUAAUUUAGUGAACAAUAUUUGCAAGACUAGAGGAAAUUAAAAUGACUAACUUUGAACGAUACCCACUCGCUUUGUCUAACACUGAUUGCUGAAAUCUCGUAUUUGCUUUUGAUGAACUUGAAUGAAUAAUUGGGGAGUUACACCAACAAAAACAAUCUUUUUCAUGAGCAUGAGAAGACAGAUUUGAAAAAUAAAAAGUGAAUCUAAAAUUCUAAAAUAAAGCCAAAAAAAAAAAGUCCCAGAAAAUCCCAAGGUGAAAACCUGCAAAGGUUUCACUUUUGUUAUCUUUAAUU